ACGGACGCAAAGUUCUUCCGAUUGGUCGGCGUUGAUAACACGGCUGACUUCAAUGUUUCUGCAGGAAACACAUUUGAGCAUACCUUCGAGGUACGGCGGAAGGGCUACUGGACGUUGUUCGUCGAAUUUCCGGGCGAUCGAUACGCCAAGUCUCCAAAAAAGAUAAUAUCCCGUGAUUCCUAUCGAAAAUGGGUUAUGGAGGUGUACUACUAUCCAGGAGCAGUCGGCUUCAGUGAAUGGCAUAAGAUGGGACGGAAGAAUAAGCGAGGAUAG